AUGGCGGAUGCAUUUAGCUUGGAGCGAGGGGUGACACCGCAGUCGGCGGGGGUGGACGGUGGAUGGUUUAUGGAUGGGGAGACAACUGCAGCAGAUGCGGGUCCGGCUGUUGUAGCUGAGAUGGAAGCCGUGCUGGCUCAAACGCCAGAGGCUAUUUCACUCUACAAGUCAGAGCUAGAAAAGCUGUUAUUGGCCUUCGUCAAGUCACAGGAGAGUGAGCAGCGACUGGUGCACCGCACCAAGGAGAUCGUAGCGGAGAUCCGCUCAAGUCAUGACGCCAUGGUACGAGACCAGGAGGAGGAGAGUGAGGCGCUAGCACAGAAAAAGAAGACUAAGAUAGAGCUAGAUGCCAUAGUGCAACAGAUCGCUUCGACGAGGCAAACGGAACUGGAGAAGCAACUGAAGGUCAAUGGCCUUCGAAGCAAACUAGAGUCCCUGCAAGAAGAAGUUGCCAGGAUGGCCAUGCCAUCCGGGAACGGUGGUGACAUCAUGCUGAACGAAGAGCAGGAGCUUCAGAUCUCCAGCCUCAAGAACAAGCGUGCAGAGAGCGCACGUGAUGUUGAGGCAAAGACAAUAUCACUGCAAGAUCUACGGCAAGAGACUACUAAUUUGUUUUCCCUAGUGCAAGAGGAAGAGGCCAAGAACGCGAGACUCGAAGAGACUCAAGCAAACGUCGUGUUGCAGAUUCAGGAGAAGCAGAGCCUCACGGAGCGGGAAGUACGGCGCAAAACGCGACUGGAAAAGGAACUCAAGAUACUCAAACAAACACACGAACGACAGCAAGUCGAAAUUUCUGCGCUGGAGACACUCAAGAAGGAGAAUGAGGAGAAUCUACGCAAGAAGGAGCUGACGAUGCGCGAGUCCAAACAGAAGAUGGAGAAAUACUUGAAGCAGUACGACGGGCUAUUCCGAACGACACACUCCUUGACAGAAGCGAUGCAGUUGCAGUGGCAGGAGAACGUCGAAUUGCAUAAGGAGAAUGUGCAAGUCGAGCACGAGCUGACCGUCAAGGAGCAGCAAAUCCAGACGAUCACACGAGAUGCGGUGAAAACUGACAAGCUCAUGGAAAUUGCCAGAGAGCAGCUACAAGAUAUCGAAGGCAAACGCUCUGAUUGCGAAAUAGAAAAGGAGAAAUACAAACUAGAGCUCGAGAGCCUUAUCAAUCUCACACUGGAAGCAGAGAAAAAGCAGAGUGAGUUGCUGACGAAGAAGCUAGACGAAAUGCUCCGAGAGCGCGAGGUGCUCAACAAGAUGCUAGUGAAGGUAAACGACCGAACGCAAGCUACGUUUGACUUGAUGAAGAUCAAGGAGAACACAAUGAAAAACCUGCAGAACGAGAUUAAUGGACUCAAGUCUCAUGUAAAGAAGCAACGUGCUCAGAUCCAACAGCUAGUCGGGGAGCGUGAAAAAUACGAAAAGGAAGCUGCCAACGCGACGCAAAAGUUCAUGACGUCGUUAGAAGAGGCAAAGCUGCAGGAUUUGCAAGUGGUCUCCCUCCAGCAGAAAAUCGUCGAGAGUGAAAGUCGUCUGAAGCAACAACAGAAUCUGUACGAAGCGGUUCGCACGGACCGAAACUUGUACAGUAAGCAGCUUAUUGAAAGUCAGGAGGAGAUCGGAGACAUGAAGCGCAAGUUUAAGAUUAUGAACCACCAGAUCGAACAACUCAAAGAAGAGAUCACAUCUAAAGAUCAUGCUCUUGUGAAGGAACACUUCGACCAUCACAAAGUGGACAAAGAAAAGGAGAUUCUCAAAAACGAGCUUUUGCGUAUCAAGAAACAGAUCCAAUCAUCGGAACAAAUAAUUCUCAAUCAGGAACAAGAGGCCACUAAACUCGCCAAGAUCAUACAAGAGGCAGACGAAGAAAAGCAGCGGCAAGUUAAGGAGUACGGGUGUGUUGUCCAUGAUCGCGAUACUUUGCGUCAACAACUUAUCCAACGGAACGAGGAACUGAGUGUGCUAUACGAGAAGAUCAAGAUACAGAAGUCAACAUUAUCCAAAGGAUACUUCCAGUAUCAGGAGAAGGAGAAAGAUGUCAACAACUUACAGUCGAGAAUCCUUGCACUUACACUUGAGAGAGACUCGAGCAACAACCAACUGUCACAUGAAGGUUCACUCAAACAGGAACUUAUCCGUCUGGAGAAAGAAUUACUCCAAGAGAAGACUAAAAUCCGAGCUCUUUCGGAAGAGCUUGACCAUCCGCUGAACGUCCACCGUUGGCGGAAACUUGAGGGCAGUGAUCCGAAGCGGUUCGAGAUGAUUCGGAAGCUUCAGACGAUGCAGAAGAAGCUGAUUCGUAAGUACGAGGAGACCACUAUCAAGGAUCUACUUAUCCUGGAAAAGGAGAAACUGUAUGUUGAGUUGAAGACGAUUCUAGCACGACAACCUGGUGCUGAGGUGGCAGAGCAAUUAGUCGUUUAUAAAGAAACGCUCAAGGGGAAGCAAAACCAGAUGAAGCAGAUGGAGGAAGAGCUUCAAAUGUACAAGAUGCAAGUGAACGAGUAUCGUCACGACCUUGGUCAACUGGAUAAGGAGAAGCAGCAGAUUCAGCAGGAAUGGAUCGAUAGACAGCUGAAGUCGUACAGUAACCAGUUUGACCAUGGACAGGAGGGAAACGCCACGGUAUAUGGAGAUCCUGCAUCUUACGGCAACCCUGAGGACUAA